AUGGAUUCUCCAAGCUCAGCGGUGUUAGACCGGUACUUGGUUCUCGAUUCUCAUCAAUGGCAGACCCUUCGGCUUCUUCCCAUCGUCGAGAGGCCUAAGACAAGGCGACCCCUUAUCCCCAUCGCUCUUCAUUCUUACAGCGGAGAUGAUGCUAUCCUGUUUAUGAAUGGCAGGCUAAAGACGGUGCGUGCCCUUCUUCGGUUCAUAGCUGCCUACGAGCAAGCGUCUAGCCAGAAAGUGAACUUCAGCAAAUCUUCAUUCAUCCUUCCAAAGAAAGCAUCUCUGGCCAAAGCUCACAAAAUUCGAGAUGUGACGGGUUUCAAUCAGGCUUCUUUUCCAUGUACAUACCUGGAUGUCCCUUUGAUGAAAGGAAAAAUCAGAUCUACUCCCUUGCUCCCUCUGGUUCACAAAAUUUUGGGUAGGAUUGAAGGCUGGAAAUCUCGGAUUCUCAAUCCCGCGGCUAAAAUGGUCCUCAUAAAGCAUGUCCUGUCCAGCAUUCUUAUCCACAUUAUGUCAGUAGUGAAUAUCCCAAAAGCAAUUAGCAGGCUCCUCGACUCCAGCCUCUUUAACUUCUUCCGGGGGACUGCGGAGGAAAAGAAGAAGAAGCAUUGGGUUCGUUGGGCUAAUCUUUGUUUUCCUCAAUAA